AUGCCCACGCCGCUGCAGCCCGGCGGCCCCGCUAGCGGCCCGCCUCCGGAGCGCAAGCGGCGCCGCAAGCGCGACGAUCCACAAAGCUCAGCUGCGCUCGAACCUGACGACGACGACGACGGCGAAAUGAGCCCAGAGGAAGAGCCGCGCAACGCUCCCGCGGCCCCAGCGGCGCCCACUCCAGCGCCUUCCUCUGCACCAGCACCCACCUCACCUCCUGCCGCUCCAGACGCCGUUGACCUCACCUCGCGUCGUGAUUCUCCACCCCUCUCUUCCGAUGUUGAACAUUUCGAUGGCAAGAUCGUCUACAAUCCUGACGGAUCUGCGUAUAUCAUCGAAGAUCCAGAAAUUUCUGAAGGUGAAACGAGUCUUUCAGACUUGCCGAAAAUUGAGCCCGGAUGUAUUGUUGACAGUCGGGACAGCAACGUAGUGGAAAGGCAGCUUGAGUUUCCUCAAAUUGCGAGUGCAUUCUACGUGUCGAGAAAUCCUUCUUUGUACGGCGCUUUGUAUGGAAGAUUAGCAGCCGAGCGAGUGCGGGCGAGGCCCGAUGCACCUGUGAUGCAUAGUUAUCGUGUGUUUAGUUUUCGUGGAGGAAAAGACGCUCCUAGACCGCAGUCUCCUAUUCCAGAGUGUCCUGUUAGCGUGCCAGUGAAACCGAUUCUUAUGUGUUUUAUAUGUAAAUUGAGUUUCGGAUAUGCUAAGUCUUUCGUAGCCCAUGCCCAAUCAGACCACAGCUUAUCCCUUCUUGACUCUGAGAGAGACGCUUUAUCCAGGGAAAAUGCAUCAGCAAUAAUCCAAUGUGUGGGUAAAGACAAAGAACCCCUAGUCUCAUUCUUAGAGCCUGUCGGAGCAGCAGCGCCACCACGUGCCUCUGUUUCAGGGAGUCCAGCAAAUAUAUCUGGACUAUCAAGUCCUUCAAUAGAGAAAAGGCCAGACACGUUGACUCCAGAAAGAGAAAAUGAUUUAUUGAUACCCAAUGGAUUGUGCGACGAAAGAAGACCUAGUCCACCUGCGUGGAGACCGCCGAGAUCCAUGGCUGAAUCUUUAAUUCCUCAACAUUCCAUGAUCUCUGUGGCACAUCCUCAUACAAUAAAUGCUUCAGUUCAACCUCGCGCUAGUCCAAAUUCUUCCCCACCGUUCCAAACAGCGCCCCCCGCAUUCCUAUCUGGAACAACAAUAGGUGUGUGUCCAGAUCAUCUUGGAGGGCGACCGUCUGGUGCUGAUUGUCCGAAAUGCGAGCUUAUUUUAAAUUCAGGAAGACUUGGUGGUCCUUUGGCUGGAAUGCACAGCAGAAAUUCUUGUAAAACUUUGAAAUGUCCGAAGUGCAACUGGCAUUAUAAGUAUCAAGAGACAUUAGAAAUACAUAUGAAAGAAAAACACCCAGAAGCCGAAACAAGUUGCAUUUAUUGUAUUGCUGGUCAACCUCAUCCUCGAUUAGCAAGGGGGGAGACAUACACGUGCGGGUACAAGCCUUACAGAUGCGAAGUUUGCAACUACUCAACGACAACAAAAGGCAACUUGAGUAUUCAUAUGCAGUCUGAUAAACAUCUAAAUAAUAUGCAAGAACUACAAAACGGUGGUAAUCCGGGAGAAAGUAAUUUGCCACCAGCUCAACAUACACCACCAGGAGCACACAAACCUCCCAUACCACACCACUCUCCUCUGGGCCAGAAACCAAAGCCAACAUUUAGAUGUGACGUCUGCAAUUACGAAACCAAUGUUGCACGAAACUUACGAAUACAUAUGACCUCUGAGAAACAUACUCACAAUAUGCUUGUCCUUCAACAAAAUGUUAAGCAUAUGCAAACUUUAUCAGCUUUACACCACAGGCAACAAAGUCAACAGCAACUGGAAAGUUUGUUGCACUUUCACGGAGGAGAUGCUCCACCGCCUAACCCAGAAGCUGCCUUAGCCGAUAUGGCGUAUAAUCAAGCACUAAUGAUUCAACUUAUGACUGGUGGCCCAGGACCAUCGCCACCGGAACUAGGGGCACACUUGGACGUUGGAUUAAAUCCAGAAGCAAUGGAACCUCCACCAGAACCUGCUGAUCCUGAACCCGAAAGAACCUUCCAUUGUUGUAUAUGUAAUUGCUUUUCGACGGAUUCUUUGGAAGCUUUAGGUCAUCAUUUAGCACAAGAUCGCACAAAAAUUAGAGAACAAGAAAUAUUGGCGUUAGUGGCCGGACAUUAUGUAUGUAAAUUAUGCACAUAUAAAACUAAUCUAAAAGCAAAUUUUCAGUUACAUUGUAAAACAGACAAACAUCUUCAAAGGCUACAACACGUUAAUCAUGUAAAAGAAGGUGGUCCAAGAAACGAAUGGAAAUUAAAGUUCUGCGGUGGUGUUGGCACUGGUGGUGCAGGAGUAGGCGGUGUGCAAGUGAGAUGUUGCGCUUGCGACUAUUACACAAACUCAGCGCAUAAACUGCAGUUGCAUGCUGCUGGCACCCGUCAUGAAGCAGCAACACUUUUAUUAAGACAUUUAAGGGACUGCGCUUCAAGGAUACCACGAGACCGACCCCGUGUUUAUCGCUGCGCAUUGUGUGGUUUCGGUGCACCACAUCGCCUGCCACUCUUGCAACACGUACGUUCCGUCAAACACUUGCAAAUGGAACAAAUUCACCAGCUCCAACGUCGAUCGGAAGGCAAAGACCCCACCCCUGAUGUUGCGGAGCUCUUCCAAGUCAUCCCUCAGCCACCUGAAAUGCCGAGCCCGUACGAUCAGCAAGAAAAUGAUAAUAAGGAGCCAAUCGAUCAAAAACCAGAACUAACUCAAGAACAGAAGUUGUUGCGAUUUUUAGAGCAACACCAACAGCAACAACAACAGCAACAACAACAGCAACAACAACAACAACAACAAGUUCAACAACCACCACAACAAAGUUGCAAUGAGAAGGAAGAAGAACAAGACAUGCCUGGACCACAUACAUGUCCGUAUUGCAAUUUUAGCUGUGGAAAUGAAAAUAAGUUGAAUUCGCAUGUUAACUCCGUUCAUGGUGAUACAGUACGACAUUUUAUCUGUCCUUUGUGCCAAGACGCGUUUAAAGAGAGGCCGGCACUGGAAAGACAUGUUAUGCAAAUUCACUCAGUUAACUCAGAAGGGCUACAAAGACUUCUUCUACUCGUCGAUCAAAGUCAUUGGCUUAACGGUGGAAGUCAACAACAGAGAGAUGACCCGAGACAAGCAGAUGAAAAUGACCGAGAAAUAUCAUCUCCUCGUUCUGAAGGCAGCGUUGAUGGAGAAACAGAACGCUGUUCAACGUGUAAUCGCACAUUUCGUAACGUCGAUGAGCUGUGCCAGCAUCAAAACGAAUCUGGUCAUCUGGAAUUGAAACAAACUCCUCAAGGACCGGGCUACGUUUGUUGGAAAAAAGGAUGUAAUAGAUAUUUUGAUACCGCGCAUGCCUUACAAAACCAUUUUAGAGAAGCGCAUGCCCGUAAUUCAAUUGCAAACAUGUCAGUAUCCGAGAAACAUGUAUAUAAAUACCGAUGUAAUCAGUGCAGCUUAGCAUUUAAAACAAUAGAAAAAUUACAACUACAUUCUCAAUAUCAUGUUAUACGCGACGCUACUAAAUGUGUUUUAUGUGGGCGCAGUUUUAGAUCUGUAUUAGCUCUUCAAAAACACGUUGAAACUUCGCAUCCGGAAUUAUCAGAGGAUGAGUUAAACGCUUUUAAGCGUAGCCUUGCGUCUAAUCCUUUGCUACAGCCCGGACACGGUGCGGCACUAGACGCCGCAGCCGCAGAUUUAUUGCGAAAGGAAGCCCUUCGAACGCCAGAAGACGAACUUGGCGAAAUGGAAGACAGAGAUUCGAGUGCCACUGCUGCCGAUGAAUCUGGUCACAAUGACGCAGAAAACUCCGAUGACUCGAUUAUUUAUAAAGACCAACAGUUUCUCGAAGACUAUUUAAACUCUCAGGCUAUGGCUGAAGAUUCCUAUAAUGAUCCUAAUAGAAAGUAUAAAUGUCACCGAUGCAAAGUUGCCUUUACGCGGCAGUCUUAUUUAACUGCACAUAAUAAAACGCUUUUACACAGAAAAGGAGAGAAACUGACUUAUCCUAUGGAAAAAUAUUUAGAUCCAAACAGACCGUUUAAAUGUGACGUUUGCAAGGAAUCUUUCACGCAAAAGAAUAUUUUGUUAGUUCAUUACAAUAGUGUGAGUCAUUUGCACAAGUUAAAAAGAGCGAUGCAAGAGCAACAAAACAAUAAUAAUCCUCCCGUUUCGCCCAGUGCGGGCACUGCGCCCUCGAAUUUAACUUUAACACCUAAAAGUACGUCUAGUGAGGAGGAAGAUCGUAAACGCUAUAAGUGUAACAUAUGCAAAGUUGCGUAUACACAAGGAAGUACAUUAGACAUUCAUAUGAGAUCAGUUUUACAUCAGACAAGGGCGGGAAAACUACAGGAGCUGGCCGCCGCGGGCCACGUAGACUUAACACGCCCUCUGGUAGAGCAGCCGGAAAGAAACGAUCCCGCCAAAAUGCUACAAGACGUAUUGUCGCCGAAAAAUACAUCCCCUUCUAGUACUAGUAGCGGCGGACCGCGCUCGUCGCCCCCCGCGCACCCUGCUAGUCCUCGGUCCCCUCGCACAGGUAGCACCGCCUGCGAACGCUGUCACACGUCAUUCCCUAGUUUAGAAUCACUCGAUGCGCACCGAGUGACGACGUGUCCAUUUAACGAUGCGCGUGCGCAUUCGCCGCUCGCUGACGCUGAGGCGGCUGCUAUUGAUGAAAUAGUGGCUAAAGGGAAUCCGCCUAAACGCAACUCACAAAUGUACAAGCAAUUACUUGAAACAUUCGGGUUUGAUCUUGUAAUGCAAUAUAAUGAAAAUCAGCGGCGAAAAUUACAAGAGGAACGAGAAUUGGCCCGAGUACCUAGUCCGCCACCGCCGCCUCCUGAGGAAAAACCACCCGAUGAAACGAAGUCGACGUGUCAAUUUUGUAAUAAAGAGUUUUCAAGUGUUUUUGUGUUGAAGACUCAUUGUGAAGAAGUACAUAAAGAUAAAGUACCACUCGAAUAUUUGGAACAGUUUGCAGAACACUUUAAAUCAGAAUAUGAGAGGAAAUCUGGUGCUCCGAAUUCGCCCCGUGCCGCGUCUCCUGCGCCUCAGGGCGACAGGUCGCCUUCUCCUCGAGGUGAAAAUAGUGGGAACUUCAAUGAGAAUGCAAAUGGCGCGGGCGAGGCACAGGCCGGUGCCUUGCUCGCGGCCCAGGUUCAAGAGAUGCAAGCCGCUCUUAACAUGCUGCAACUACAACAACUGGGACAAUUACACCCGAUGAUGGCUCAAAUGCUGUCGCUAGGUCUUCCAUUGGGGCUUAACAUGGGUGCGCUAGCGGCCAUGAACCUGCAGCCACCCCUAGUAUCACUCAUGUUGCCUCCUCCGCCGUUCGAUACCAUGCCAUUCUCGCAUGAUGCUCAGCUCAAACAACAGCAACUUAUUCAGCAACAACAGCAGGCAAAUGCUGCAGCUGGUCAGAAACGUGCUCGCACUCGCAUAACAGAUGAGCAACUAAAGAUCUUACGGUCACAUUUUGAUAUAAAUAACUCACCAAGCGAUGAAGCAAUUGCAAAAAUGGCUAAACAAUCUGGACUUGCAACGAAGGUAAUUAAACAUUGGUUCAGAAAUACGCUUUUCAAAGAACGCCAGCGAAACAAAGAUUCACCUUACAAUUUUAAUAAUCCACCAUCUACAACCCUAAACCUGGAAGAAUACGAAAAAACCGGUGAAGCUAAAGUUACAACAUUAGAUUCCUCAGCUAGUUCUGAUGAAGGUAAACCUCCACCUGAAAAAAAACCAAAAAAUGAAGACGUGUCUUUGAUAAACCAGCAAGAAGUAAAAUCCGAACCAAACGACGAACCUUCAAUGGAAGAGAAAUAUAAUUCUUACGAUGAUCGCCACCAAGAAGAUAGAACAUUUAAUUUUCAACAACUUCCAUCUCAAAGUCCGGCCUUGAAUAGUUCUGACAAUCUACAGAACAUAUCAAGACCGCAUACACCGACUCAUAUAUCGUUGAAUUCUUUAAUUCAGUCACAAUUGGACUCAAUACCUGCGACAAGUAUACCUCAACCACCUCAUCCAUCGAUGCUUCCACCAAAAUUAAAUCCGAAUUUCACGUCCCCAAACUCCGCGCCCCCGAACGUCCUACCUUUGACCCCAAAUCGCAGCCUCAGUCCUGGCAGGGGACCGGCCGAUUUCGGACUUUCCGGGGGCAACUCGAACGGAUCCAACAGCUCGGGGUCUUCUGGCAAACGCGCCAACAGAACUAGAUUUACUGAUUAUCAAAUUAAAGUAUUACAAGAGUUUUUUGAAAACAACGCAUAUCCAAAAGAUGAUGACUUAGAAUAUCUUUCAAAAUUAUUAGGAUUAAGUCCAAGAGUAAUUGUAGUUUGGUUUCAAAAUGCGCGCCAAAAAGCAAGAAAAGUCUAUGAAAACCAACCAGCCGCUGAUCCACCAGCGGGAUCAAUGGAUGAUGCAAAUAGAUUUCAAAGAACACCUGGCCUUAAUUACCAAUGUAAAAAAUGCCAAUUAGUUUUCCAAAGAUACUACGAGUUAAUAAGACAUCAAAAAACUCAUUGUUUUAAGGAAGAGGAUGCGAAACGAUCAGCACAGGCUCAGGCGGCUGCUGCUCAGGUCGCUGCUACGCUAAGUAGUGAAGACUCAAACUCAAGUACCGUAGAACAUCACGUUCCGCAUGUGCCAGUAUCACCGGCACCACCUCGAACCCCUACGCCUGCGACCCACCCUAUAUCACCAGCUCCGCAUACACCAGUUACACCACUAGCACAUCAACAAAGAAAAGAAGACAUAGAAAGACAGAAGGUUGAAAAAGAUGGUAAUUUUCAAUGUGAUAAAUGCAAUCUAGUAUUCCCGAGAUUCGAAUUGUGGCGAGAACAUCAACUAAUUCACAUUAUGAAUCCAAACUUAUUUCCUACAUAUCCACCAGAUUCCCCUUUUGGGAUCUUACAACAACAUGCUCAAUUACAACAGCUAAAUGCUUCCCUUACGAAUGAUGAAUCACGACAUCCAUUAGUAACAACCACUCUGCAAAAUGCAACAAAAAAAAAAUAUGAUGAAUUCGAGGAGGCAGAUACUGGUGAACAACCGAAAGAUAAAAGAUUACGUACUACGAUUUUACCAGAACAAUUGGACUACCUCUACCAAAAGUAUCAAAUUGAAUCUAAUCCUUCACGAAAGAUGUUGGAAAACAUAGCUCGAGAGGUCGGUUUAAAAAAAAGAGUAGUGCAGGUUUGGUUUCAAAACACACGAGCUCGGGAAAGAAAAGGGCAGUUUCGAGCUCACGCUCAGGUCAUAAAUAAACGUUGCCCAUUUUGUCCAGCUUUGUUUAAGGUGAAGAGUGCACUGGAAAGUCAUUUAAGUACUAAACACGCCGAUCAAUGUAUCCGUGGUGAAAUUAAUGUUGAUGCUCUUCCAGAUGAAGAAUUAAGUACAGAAUCGACACCAAGCUUUGGCUCUCAACAAAGUGAUAGGCAGCAAAAUUUUUCCCAAGCGGGGGCUCCCAUGUUGCCCCCUAUUUUUCCGCCUUUUCAUUCAGACAUGGAGAAAUUUAUCAAGCAGUAUAGUGAAGAAUCAAUGAAACGAUAUGUAAGUGAGCUACAAGUACUACAGAACUGUAAUGGAGGCAACGAAGCUGAAAGACGUACAGAACAUGGAAAAUCGGAAAUCCCAUUAGAUCUCAGUAAGCCUGUAGAUUUAUCACGACCAGGAUCAGACGCUGAUGAACGUUCAGAUACCGCUUCUGAAACUAUGGAGUUCUACGACGAUGACGAACCGACUUCGCCUUUACCGGGUCAGCAACAUACGCCUAGGCCACCUGGUAAACGUUUUCGGACUCAAAUGUCUUCAAUUCAAGUGAAGAUCAUGAAAUCUUUGUUUAAUGACUACAAAACUCCGACAAUGGCCGAAUGUGAGGCACUCGGACGAGAAAUUGGAUUACCAAAACGUGUGGUUCAGGUGUGGUUCCAAAAUGCUCGAGCUAAAGAAAAGAAAGCGCGUCUCGCUGCUGGACUAUCAGAAGUGUCAGACGCACAGCCUCUGGAGGAAUGUAGGGUGUGUGAUUUUAAAUACAGCCAUAAGUACUCCGUUCAAGACCACGUGUUCACUCGAGGUCAUAUUGCUGCUGUGCGUGCACGCCUAGAAAGCAGCGCUGGCGCUGGAGAAGAUAGCACACUUCAACUAAUGCAGAUGGCAGCACGGCUGGAGGGCGGCCUUGGAAGCGAGAUACACAACGCGUUUCUACGACCGCAACUCGCCGGCAAUGGUGGAACCCCUAACUCAAUGCAACCGCAACCUCAACCUCAAGGCUUGAUUGUGGAGACGGGCAACGGUGCCAGCGUACUACAACUACCGGCAACGACCCUCGAGCAGAUUCGACAUAUCGCGGCCGAUCCCGGCGCAUCUACCUUGCGCCUUCCGCCACCAGCCACAGAGCUUCCCGCCGGAGCCCGCGAAUCCGACUUCGACCUCUGCUACGUUUGCAAGCAUUGCAAAGUCGCAUUCCCAACGGCUGCACCCCUGCAGACUCAUCAAGCUCGCUCGUGCUACGCCGGUCGAGAGGCAGUGCGCGGUGUGAUACGAGUAGUUCAACCAGCGCUCGAGUGCAGGACAUGCCCUGGUGAACGAUUCCGCACCGCGGCUGACUUCCGGCGACACGUCGACACCGAGUCCCACCUGCGCCACAACGCGCCUCCACCGCCGCCCGUACCGGAGCCGCUCAGCCACGAGAUGGAGGAUGUCGUCAACCAGAUAACGCUCCUGGCGGCGCGCGCCGCGCAAGAUGCCACCUCGCCCAAGGAUUCCAACGUCACCUUUUGCGCACCGGGGACGCGUUUCCCGCAGCCGGGCGAACUCCCUCUCGCCAGCGCUGGCCAUUAA